GUCCUUGACCUACGCUGACCCGAAGCACUCUGUUACCGGCGCAACCAAGCGAUCGCUAGUCGCAUCCAUAUUGCUCUUUCCCGUGCGCAUCGCUGAAGGGCGUCCUCCUCGUUGUCUUAUCCAUUGUCAUUGGCGUUCCAGUGCUAGUGUACUUGCACUUGUUCAAACGCGACGUCGUCACCACGGCACUCACUCCAGCGUCGUUGCCGUCGAUCCAACAGCAACAGACGCAAGGCCAUGUCCAUUUCAAAGAUCCAGUGUUGCUGCAGCGUGCAUGGGCUCUUCCCACGGGACAGUUAUACUUUCAAGGCCAACUUGAGUUUCAGCGUCGAGAGGGCUACUGCGCCCCCACAACGAUGCGCAACGUACUAAAAUCGAUACCAUCCGUGCCGUUGGAGCUCAUUCCCGAGGCCAAGGCUGGGCCAUUGACAGCCCAGCAGUUCAAAACCAAGCUCGAUGCCAUCAGACACACGACAUCGACACUCGUAUACGGCGGCGCUGGCUACGACCUGUUUUUGUCCGCCAUCAAGCGCUCCAACGACCCACACUACCGAGUCGCCAUGAACUUUCUCCACCCCGCCUUGUUUGGCAUGGACGGCCCUUCGUUCUUGCCGCACGUGAUGCUCCUGGCCAUCCUCGGGGGCCACUUCUCCAACAUCAUCGCAUAUUUGGAAACCGAGGAUCUCGUGGUGGUGUUCGACGUGAAUCAAGACUUUGGCCCGUACCUUGUCCCAUCCAAGCGCGUCUACGACGCCGUUCGAGCCAUCGACGUUCAAUCGGGGGUUGCAAGGGCGCUCAUCGUCUCGGAACUCGUCCACACGCCCCGCCAAGUAUAGAACUAAGUACACCUAACCAAAAAGAAUCUCGUCC